AUGGGCUGGACCGUCUUCGUGUUGCCUCUCUUGUCUUCUCCCCCUCAACUUUGUCGCAGCAGUGCUACUGCUGCUGCUGCUGGGGGGAUGAGCCGCAGCGGCAGCAGCGACCCUGCUGCUACUGCUGCUGGAAACGGCACAGAUUCCUUGCUGGAGCCUUUGCCCUUUCUGAGUCCGUCAUCUGCUGCUCAUGCUGCCGCUGCUACUAAUUCUGCUAACGAUAUUAGUGCUGGUGCUGCUGCCGCGGCCGGAGGUGGCCCGGGCUUCUGGAACUCGUUGAGCGGAUCCGGUGCCUCGGGAGCAGCAGCAAAGCAAGACACAUUAGCUGCAGCAGCAGCAGCAACAGCUGACAGCUUGCGGCCCUGCAGCGCUCGAGUGCCAGGACUCCUUACGAACGACGAGAGAUAUUUAGACACCGGCACUGCAGCUGCUGAAGCAGCAGCAGCAAACGCUUAUAGCGAGGCCUGGGCUUCUCUCCUUCGCGCAGUCUCCCUAGCCGAGGCGGAAGAUGACCAGGCAGCCUUGCAGGCAGCCCGUGAAGCAGCAGCUGCAGCAUCUGCUGCUGCUGCUGCUGCUGCUGCAGUAGCAACAGAUUCGGAACUACCAGGGGACACGAAUGUUCUCUCCCUGGAAUUGGCAGCAGGUGUUCACCUCGCAGGCAGACUUGAACGACUAGGGCUAUACGAUGACGCCCACGAGGUGUACAACGGCCUGCUAGCGGACACCAGACUUCCCGAGACAAGGAAGAUGCUGCUUGCCAACAUUGGCUGCAUGCUGCUGAAGCAGCAGAGGCCUCAGGAUGCGCUGAAGGCAUUUAAGGCUGCUCUAGACAACAUACACCUCACAACAAAGGACCAGGGCUACAAAUUGCUGCGAGCUAAACUUCUCCGCAGCGUUGCGGGCUGCCACUUUUCUUUGGGCCGAUACCUCGAGGCAGCUGAGGAAUACGAGCAAGCCAUUGAGCUCGCUCCUGAAGAUGUACAAUCUAUUAUAUCCGGCUUUAAUCUCGUUCUCUGCUACGCCGCCAUUGGAGACGCUGCGCGCAUGCACGAUGCCUUCCUCAUGAUGCUCUCUCUUAAAAAGUGCCAGAUCCAGUCCCUCGUGGCAGAAGAAGAGGAGUUGAGGCCGCAGGAGACUGCUAGGGAGGCCCACUCUGCGUCACCUCCGGUUGCUGGUGCUACUGUUUCUGGUGCUCCUCCUACAGCUGCAGCAGCAGAAGCAGCAGUAGCAGCAGCAACAGCAGCAGCAGUGGAGAGCAGCGAAGCAGACGAGCGGCGUCAGGCUGACGAGGCUGUGUUGAAGGCUGCGCGGUGGCUAGUUGCCUCAGGAGAGCUGCAGCCGCAAGCGGCGUACGAAGGUGUAAUAUCCACCAUGCGGCAGCAUGGCUUUGACGACUUGGCAGGAGAACUGCAGCUGGAGCUCGCAAUGCAGCGGCUGCGUGAAGGGCAGGUGGAGCCCGCCGUAGCAGCUUACAAGGCCUUCAAGCUCCAAAGGCCCCGUCUUCUCCUUCGUGCCUCUAUUAACUUGUGCUUUAUUUUCCUCCUGGAGGGGAAUAUCCAACAGGCCAACACAUACGCAGACAUCGCACUUAAGGCAGACAGGAGGAGUGCUAAGGCGCUCGUUAACAAGGGCUGCGCUCUUUCUCUACAGGGGCAGCACGAGGAGGCUGCGGCGCUCUUUAACGAGGCUGCAAGUGUCGAUCCUCACUGCCAAGAAGCCCUCUACAACCUCACUGUCACCUGGCGCAAACUCGGCAGGCUCCGGCCUUGGGACCUCGACGCGGCGACCUGGUUAGGCAUAGAACUAGUAAAGGCGCAGAACUUCAAGGAGGCUUCUUCUUUUUUCAACUUGGCUGCACAGCUGCAGCCGACAGAAAGCAAGUGGAGGCAACUGGCUGCUCUCUGUCUCCGCAAGUCAGGUCAACUCGGCCCUGCCCUCCUCCUCUAUGAAGCUCUCCACAAAGAGCUUCCUGAUGAUGCCAACAUAUCCAAGCACCUCAGACGCACACGGGUUGCACUGGGCCUUCAAGCCCCUUAA